AUGAAAAACCAACUGUGUAUUUUUGACUCUUGGAUUACUAAAAACUGGCCAGCAUGUUUUUCAUGGCGUUCCCCUGACGGACUGAUUGACUUUAAAAAAAUAUUUGAAAAUGUUCCAGAUGAGAAAUUAUGUGUUUCUGAUUGUUCUGUAAUCGAAUUCAACACACAUCCUGUUCGUGAAGUCACUGUUGAAGAAUUUAUUUCGUAUUGGACUAAUAAAGCUCAAGGAAAAGAUGAUCGCAUUCUAUAUUUGAAAGAUUGGCAUUACUUUAAAAAAAGUUCAGAAAACAGUUGGUUCACGUUACCCGAAUAUUUUUCUUCUGAUUGGUUAAAUGAAUUUUGGAGCCUACGAAAUGAUCUCUCUGAUGACUUCAAAUUUUUAUAUUUAGGGAGUCAUGGAACGUGGACACCUUUUCACGCUGAUGUGUACCGUUCUUUCAGUUGGUCUGCCAAUAUACUUGGCCACAAGCGUUGGUGGAUUUUUCCUCCUGGUGAAGAAAAAAAGCUCUUAUCAUCCAACGGACAAAUUCCUUUUGAUAUACGCUCCAUUAUAAAAGACAGGACAGAUGUGAAGUAUUAUUUAGUCGACCAAUAUUCUGGACAAGUAGUUUUCGUACCUUCUGGAUGGUAUCAUCAGGUUGUAAAUAUGACUGAUUGUAUAUCUAUAAACCAUAAUUGGUUCAAUGCUACAAAUGUAAGUCAUGUUUGGGAUCAUUUACAAGAUCAAUUGAAAGCUGUUGAAGUGUCGACUAAAGACGUAUCUUCUAUUCCUGGAUGGCAUGAAGAGUGUCAGACUUGUCUACGAGCAUACGCAGGAAUAAAUUUCGAAGAGUUCUUUUCAAUGUUGAAGUAUAUUUUAAUAACUCGUUGGCCAAGAAGUAGUUCUAAUGAUGACGAUGGUGUUAGUUCAUUUCUGAAGAAGUGCAAAUCUAUGCAGUACACAUCAUUGGAGGUGCUCAAUAAUGCUAUGGAUUAUGAACUAACUAGUUUGAUUGAAACAAAUUUAAAAAUAUUUCAAACCGCUUUAAAAAAUCCUCUCCUUUGGAGGAAGUAUUAUACAACAGACGUUAAGACAUCUACUUGGAUACGUAUGCAUGAUUUUUGUAUGGUAAUACAAAUUAUCAAGGAAUUUGUUCAUCAUGAAACUGUUAAUACUCUACAACUUUGUAAUGGUGUUUUACAAUCAUUUUGGAGUGGUCUUUAA